CCUUCAGGAAAACCUUCUUCUUCUUCACUUCUUGAUCAUUGCAAAAAAUUCUUCACAUCAUCUUAGGUGAAAAAACAUGAGUAGGCCAGGUGAUUGGAACUGCAGGUCAUGCCAGCACCUCAACUUCCAAAGAAGGGACUCAUGCCAGCGUUGCGGGGACCCGAGGUCAGGUGACUUUGGGGGAUUUGGAGGGAGGGGAGGGUCGUCGUUUGGGUUUGGUACGGGGUCUGACGUCCGCCCCGGCGAUUGGUACUGCACUGCUGGGAACUGUGGUGCUCACAACUUUGCCAGCCGCUCUAGCUGCUUCAAGUGCGGUGCAUUCAAAGACGAUGCCGGAGGCUUUGACUCUGACAUCCCUCGCUCAAGGGGGCUUGCAGGCAGCAGCAACCGUUCUGGAUGGAAAUCCGGUGACUGGAUAUGUACCAGGUCGGGAUGUAAUGAACACAAUUUUGCAAGCAGAAUGGAGUGUUUCAGAUGCAGCGCUCCAAGAGAUCUUAGCAGCAGAACUUCAUACUAGAAAAUAUGUAUGCAUGGGUGCGCUGCUUUUUUAUUUUUAUUUUUUGUUGAUCGCAUUUGGUCGGAGGGAGCUAGGGUUUUCAGAGGGUGCAUGAUUCAAGAUAUGGAUUAAACCACUAAAUGAUGAUCGAUCGGUCUCCCUCAGCAGCAUUUUGUUAGGGUUUUCCUCCAUAAAAUUUAUAGGAUUAAUUAAUAUUGUAGUAGUUUGUGAUGUUUUGGAAUGAACUAUCGUACUUCUGAGUUUUCCAUUAUUAAUAUGCUUCUCUGCUUUAGAGAGUUUCGUUUUGUUUAUUGUAUGGUGCUUUGGCUUUUCUUA